AGUGACGGGGGCUGAAAGGAGAGCUAGACCAAGAGCAUACGAGCAGGGGAGAGAAAAAGGGGAUAUAGAAAAGAGAGAAGGGAGGAGCGGAGCGACAUAAUGAGGGAGGAAACAAGGCGAGAGCAGAGAAGACCGACAGCCGAGAGAGGAGACAGAGAGCAAAGUGUGCGUGGGGGGAGGUGUGUGUGAGCGCGUGCGUGUGUGUGUGUGUGUGUGUGUGCGUGCGUGUUUACGCUUGUGUGCCGCACUGAACGAGAGAGAGAGAGAGAGAGCGAGAGAGAGAGAGAGAGAGAGAGAGGGGAAAAAACACACACACACCAGAUUGCCAGUGGCUCUCUUUCCUCCGCUAACCCGAACCUGUGUUCCAUGUACUUCUCUUUGUGCCUCUCGCAUUACGGUAUCACCAGUAGCUGUGUCAGGACACUAAUAGGCAGGGACAAAGCUGAAGUAGAUGAACUUCAGAUGACAGCGCGGAGACUGAUGGCAGAGCUGAUGCAGCAAAACAAACUGUUUCGAGGGUGGCUCCGGUGCAUGGCCCCAGUGGACGUGGCCAGAUGGAAAUCGGGUCCCAUGACCACCUGGUGGACGGCGUGCUGAGCCAGGAACCGGCCAACGGCGUGAGCAGGCACCUCGCCUGUGAGGAGGGCGACGCGAGCGGAGGCGAGAACGUCGGAGGAGGAGGAGGUAGGAGGCCUCAAGCCUGGGGAGCGGGUGCCGGGAGCCAUGAGAAGGCCUCCUACCCCCAGGGCCAGGCUCCUCCGCCGCAGUCCCAGCAGGAGUGCUGGAGCGGGGGCACGCUGAAUGCCGUGGACAUGGAGGACGCCAGGAACCUGGUGGCCUUCUCGGCCAGCGCCGGGUCCCUCCUGCCGGCGUCGGCGUCGUCGGCCGGGCCCGAGUCACAGCCCUGCACGGCGCAGCUGUACGAGAAGUUCAACCGGGAGAUGGCGGCGGCGGCUGGCCGGGCGGACAAGGGCGAGCGCUGCCCGCCGGAGGACAUCAACACUCUCCAGACGGCCCUCAGCCAGGCCAGGCACGGCCACAAGCCCCCCAACUGUGACUGCGACGGGCCCGACUGCCCCGACUACCUGGAGUGGCUGGAGAAGAAGAUCCGGCUGGCGGGCGACAGCCAGCAGGGGAAGACGCACUGCAAGAUGUCCGAAGCACUCCAGUCGCACCCCCACCAACCCCACCACCAGCCCUCCCAGCACCCGCACCCUCCCCAGCCCAACGGGGCGAGCGGCGGCUGCGGUCAGGGAGCUCCUCCUCCCGGCCAGGCGCUCGGCGAAAAGCCCCCGGCGCUCGUCCGCUGCCCGCCGCCGCCCAUCCCGUGUUCGCCCAGCGUGCUGUCCAUCGCCAAGGAGAAGAACAUCAGCCUGGAGACGGCCAUCGCUCUGGAGGCGCUCACCCAGCUGUCGGCCACCAUCCCGCAGAGCGGAGUCCCUCCGACGGAGGCGUCCAUGAAUCACCCCCAGCAGCAGCAGUACGCGCCGCACCAUCCGUCGAUGCAUCCCCAGCACGGGGCCAGGCUGAUGCCGUCGUCCCCAGCACCGCUGUCCUCUUCCUCCUCCUCUUCCUCCCAGAUGCAGCAGCAGGCCGUCCGUCCCGGCGUGGACCCCCAGCAGGACUCUCGCUCCUGGGAGCAGCAGCAGCAGCAGCAGCAGCAGCACAGGCCCCAGUCUCAGGGGGAGGCUCCGCGCGUGAUGAUCCCCCACCAUCACCCCUCCCAGUACUCGCCCUCCGUCUCGCCCUUCGCGGGUCCGCCGCACCCCCAGGACGGCACCCGGAGCCCCCUGCCCCAGCAGUGGCAGCAGCAGCAGCAAGGUCCGCGCGGGGGCUCCCCCAGGACCCCGUGGAUGGGGCCGAUGAACCCCGAGUCGCAGCCCCAGUUCGCUCCCCGAGGCGGUGGCGGCGGCGACCCCAUGUCCGAGCUGAAGCAGCUGCUGGGAGACGCCAGCGGGAAGUACGUCAACGCCGGCUUCAGGUUCCCCGGCCCCCAGCCCCCGCCCAACAACCACGACAUGGCCGCCGCCGGGGGCCCGCAUCCCCGCAUGCCCACCAUCAAGCAGGAAGUGGACGGCGGCGAGUACCUGAACUCGGCCAUGGCGCGCUACGUCAUGAUGAACGGGCAGCAGCACCCGCAGCAGUACCCCGGCUCCCCCCUCUCCCCCGCCGCCCUGUCCAUCAGGCACUCAACUCAGGCAGCACUUCAGCAGCACCUUCACCACAAGCGAAACCUCUUCUCCAACCCCCUGUCCCCCGGCCAGCGGGCGCCCAUGGCCUGCCAGAACCUGCGCAAGUGGUGGCCCCAGAUGUCGCCGGACAUGCCGCCCAUGAUGCCCAUCAAGCAGGAGCCCAAGGAGCCCAAGAAGAGGACCCCGCAGAGCUCGCCGCUGACCAAGCUGGGGCCCCCCUUGCCCAAGCCCAAACAGAUUGUCAUUAAGAAGGUCAAGCAGAAGGCGUCGCAGCCCACCUUCCUCCCGCAGAGUCAGAUCGUGGCGCAGAAGGCGAAGGCCCAGUCCCUCGCCGCUCAGUGUCUGCCCGGCAUGGGGCCGGCGUCGGUCUCGGCGUUCCCCUUCCCGAACCCCUCUCAAGCUGUUGCGGCGCCCGUGGCCCCGGCUCAAUCUCAGGAAUCCAUUUUGAACGGUUGUAGUGUAGUUCCCUCCUUGGCGUACGGCGGCAUCGCCGCCGGAACCGCCCCGCCCUCGUCGUCCGUCCCGCUCCCCGUCGCCACCCCGGUCGCGCCACGAGACGACUCGGCGACCUCAGGCUCCUCCUCCGGCGGGCCAGCGGCGUCCGGUGCGCUCGCCCCCGGCCUCACCUCCACACAUCAGACCUCCGCUCAGUCCGCACCCCUCCUCACGGGCCUCAGCUCGCUCGACCCCAAGUUCGAGGACCUGAUUCGCCAGUUCGAGGAAGAGUUCGGCGAGACCCCCGCCGCGUCCUCAGACGCAUCCAUGUCCGCGUCGUCGGCCGCCGCCCCCAAUCCUCCCCACGCCCAAGCGGAAGGUUCCGGUCAGCCGGAGGCCGCGGAGCCCCAACAGGAUGCUAACUCAGGGCUAGCCAAACCCACGUCGCCGCCCGCGGAGCAGCCCCGCGCCCCGUCGGCCGGCCCGCAGGCCAUGGAGGUGGGAGGGCAGCAGACCGAAGCUGGCGUUGCAAGUGAAGGCGCACUCUCAGCUUCCACCCAGUCCCCUGCUGUGAGCCAGACACAUCAGCAGGGCGAGCUCUCAUUGUCCGCCGCCGGUCCGCCCGCGCCCAUCUCCCUCGAUGCCCUCCUGGGGCUGCCACCGCAGCAGCAGCAGCAGCAGUGCCAUAUGCUCCAGGACCCCUUCGCAACACCGGGCUCGCCAGCGUCCAAGCGCGUGAAGAUCGAGUCGUCCGGAGGCUUGACGGUGAUCUCCACCACCAGCUGUCUAACCCCCGGGACGGAGGAGGACACCCCGACAAAGGACCCCAUGACGCCCUCCCUCAAAGGAUUCUUGGAGUCACCGCUGCGCUACCUUGACACCCCUACGAAAAAUGUGCUGGACACCCCUGCCAAGGAUAGCCAGGCCGAGUUUCCCGUCUGUGACUGUGUGGAGCACAUCCAGGAGAAGGAUGAGGGGCCGUACUACAACCACCUGGGGGCUGGACCCACCGUGGCCUCGAUCAGAGACCUUAUGGAGGCCAGGUACGGAGAGAAGGGAGAGGCCAUCCGCAUCGAGAAAGUGGUUUACACUGGGAGGGAAGGAAAGAGUUCUCUGGGAUGCCCCAUCGCAAAAUGGGUGAUCCGGCGCAGCGGAGAGAAGGAGAAGCUGCUGUGUCUGGUGCGCCACCGGGCAGGGCACCACUGUGCCAACGCCGUCAUCAUCAUUCUCAUCAUGGCGUGGGAGGGCGUGCCGCGCUUGUUCGCCGAUAAGCUCUACAAGGAGAUCGCUCAGACGCUGACCAAGUAUGGCAACCCCACCAGUCGCCGCUGCGGACUCAAUGAUGAUCGGACCUGUGCGUGCCAGGGGAAGGACUCUGAGACCUGCGGUGCGUCCUUCUCCUUUGGGUGUUCCUGGAGCAUGUACUUCAAUGGGUGCAAGUACGCCCGCAGCAAGGUGCCCCGCAAGUUCAGGCUGCAGGGAGAACAUCCUGAAGAUGAGGAGGUUCUCAGGGAAAACUUCCAAGGUCUGGCCACUGAGGUGGCUCCUCUGUAUAAGCAGCUGGCCCCACAGGCUUACAGCAACCAGUGUCAGCAUGAGGAUGAGGCCAUAGACUGUCGACUUGGACUGAAGGAAGGGAGGCCUUUCUCCGGAGUAACGGCCUGCAUGGACUUCUGCGCCCACGCCCACAAAGACCAGCACAAUCUGCACAACGGCUGCACUGUGGUGUGCACUCUAACGAAAGAGGACAAUCGGACGGUGGGUGAGCUCCCCGCGGAUGAGCAGCUGCACGUGCUUCCGCUCUACAAGGUUUCCAACGCCGACGAGUUUGGCAGCGUGGAGAAUCAGCGGCGUAAGAUGGAAACGGGGGCCAUCCAUGUGCUAAACAACUUUCGACGUGAGGUCCGUAAGCUUCCUGAGCCGGCCAAAUCUUGCCGUCAGCGCCGGCUGGAGGCCAAGAAGGCUGCGAUGGAGAAGAAGAAGGGCACGAAGACGCCAGCAGAGACUCCAGAAAAGACUAUCAAAACCGAGACGAUCCAUAGAGGAUCCCCACACCUCCAGCAAGGCAAUAAAGCAAUCCCAAAACAAGAGAUGAAGCCCAACAUCAAAAAAGAGCCUGUAGAUCGAUACCAUUCCUUUAAUGGUGCCCUACCACCGGGCUACCCAGCGCCAGGCAACGGCCAGGCAGCAGAGCCCUACGGGGGCAUGAACAAUGCCUACCCCUACCCAGGAUACUAUGCAAGAGGAGGCCUCCCUUCCAACAGCCAGACUCCUGCAGCAGCGCCCGUCAACGGCUUUCACCCCAAUCUUCCGGCACUGCCCUACGGUUAUUGCAACUACCCCCCCAAAGCACUCUUCCCUCCAGAGCUGAUGGGCUACGAGGGCCGUAGUGGAUCGUGGCCCAAUGGAGCAGCUGGAGCAGCUGGAGCCGCAUCCUUCGACCAGAAACCCGACGUUCAAAGCCUGCAAGCCAGGCUGGGACAUGCCGAAGACCCAGCGCUCCGUGGCUACGUCACCCCCUCCAACACGCCUCAGCCCCACGGACGCCCGAGCCACACUCCCACUCCCCCGCCAGAGCCUCGCAGAGCCACGCCAGUGAUUAAGCAAGAGCCCAUGGAUGUCCCGGUGUAUGGCAACUGCAGGCCAGACGCAGGGUCCCAGAGCUGUCCUGGCACUCCCAGCACCACCCCGCAACCCCCCGAGAGUUGGCCCAGCCACAGGCCCAACGGCCUGAUGUCCAAAGGCUGGGAGGGUCCGCACAGACCGGGUGCUGCCGACUCUCCCUUCACCCCCGACAAGCAGAUGCUCCACCAGAAUCCCACCCAUCACCCUCAACACGCGUAUCCCCAGCAACAACAGCAGCAUCAGCAGCAGCAGCAGCAGCAGUGGAAUCAUUUCCAUGGCCACAAUACCCCCAUGGCCUCCCCUGCUCCUUCUCCAUCACCGUCGCUCAAGCAGGGCUUCUCUCCUGCUCCAUCUCCUCACCCCACCACCCCGCGCCACUGGGAAAGCCCAUCCCCAAGUGGUCAGCCCAAAGCCUGGCCUGCUGGCUUCAGCCCAGCUGUGAAGCUAGAAAACCCUGCAGGAGGUUACCCUGACAAGAUGCUGUCUCGUGGCUCCACUCCCCUUGGGCUCCAGGAGAAAGCUUGGAGGUCCGGUGGCGGUUCGGCCGCCGGUAACACCCCAUCCCCAGCCCCGGAAGGACGUCUGUUCCCCGACGCCCUGCAACGGCCGGACGCUCAAGGCUGCUGGACGCCCUGCAAGUCGGAGAGCGAGGCGGAGAGCCAGGGCGAGCGCGAUCUGGACGACGACGGGGUGUGGUCGGACAGCGAGCACAACUUCCUGGACCCCAACAUCGGAGGCGUGGCGGUGGCCCCGGCGCACGGCUCGGUGCUCAUCGAGUGCGCCCGGCGCGAGCUGCACGCCACCACGCCGCUCAAGCGGCCCGACCGCACGCACCCGUCGCGCAUCUCCCUCGUCUUCUACCAGCACAAGAACCUCAACCAACCCUGCCACGGCCUGGCGCUGUGGGAGGCCAAGAUGAAGCUGCUGGCCGAGCGGGCGCGCCAGCGACAGGAGGAGGCCAUCCUGCUCGGCCUGCCGCCGGAGGACAUCAAGGUCUUCGGGAAGAAGCGCAAGUGGGCCUCGGGGGCGGCCAGUCCCAGCCCGGGGCCGGCCAAGGACAAGAGGGAGGGGGUCGCCACGCGACUCGCUCCCACGCUCAACACCUCCUCGCUGAUCACCGUGUCGUCCUACGCCUACACGCAGCUCACGGGGCCGUACAGUCGACUCGUCUGAGCGCCGCCGGCGUGCUCGGAGGUUGCGGCGGGUCGUUUGGACUAGGUCAGGGAUGGCAUGAAGGAGUGCUGGACAGACAUACCGGUGUCGUCGUCACCCCUGCACCUCCUCUUGCUUCUUGUUCCAGCUCUUCAAUCCCCUUCCAGUGCACCCAGACAGGUGGGGGACCGGCGGGGUGACAUUGACUUGUUUGCUCUUGUAUCUUUUUUUUGUUUUGUUUGUUUUUUUUUACCUCAUAUUUGGCAGCAGUCGGUGUUUUACACUUGACAGACAUGCUGCCCAUGGUGCUCUUCUCCUCUCUUUACUGAGAGGAUUUCAUCGUUCCCUCACCUUCAUUGAAUGAUCCCCUAAUUAUUAUUAUGACUAUAAUUAUCAAUAUUACAAUUGCUAUUGUUACUGUAAACGUCUAUAUUGCAGGUAUUGUUGUUACAUAAUGAAGAUGAUUAUUUUUUAUUUUAAUAUUAUUGUUCACUCAUGUCGAUAUUAAUAUUUUUGACCUUUUUUUAAAUGGUCGUGUAAGAGUGACCUCGCUGUCACGUCUGAUGAGUUUCUAUUGCUUUUCUUUUUGGCCUUUAUCCCAUUGGUCGACCUCUGAAACAGAAGAGGAACUCUUUUUUUUUCACGAUGGCAAGACACAGGUGCGACUGCAACGAAACUGAGACAGAUGUAGACCUUUUUUUGCUUAAAAAGGAUAAAAAGGCGUCGAGGAUUAACAAACAGGCUUCAAGGUGAAAACUAACAAACAAGAAAAUGAGCAUGUGACCAAAACAGAGAGAGGAAGUCCUGAUGUGGCACCACCGGAGGAGCGCACUUGUCUGUGCCUCAGCCAGCCUAACAACGGAGAUCCCCAAAAUUCUGCAUCCUCGGAGCAGCAUUCGCCCUUCUCCUCUCCUCUCCUCUCCUCUCCGGUGCUUCUUCAUCGAGUUUUCCAAAAGAGCGAAUCCCCCCCACACACACUUGCUGCGCUGGCCUACAACUGAAGCUGGGUGCUCUCUUUCACAGCUGAUUUGCAAUCAGGCACAUCUACAGGCAGCCGCAGGGGGGGUCUUAAAUGUGGAGCGAGGGAGUGAGCGAGGCUCUCAUGUCCCUCCAGUGAAAUGGUGCUCGUACGGUUCUCUUGGUUCUCUCUUCGGUGCUGCAGCAGCGGCUGUUGAUGGCCUACUGUCAUUCGAGACUCACACACAUAUUAUGCACACAUUCUCAUACACAGUCACUGAUACACACACACACACACACGCACACACACACCGUCAGGCACUCCCUUCUGGGCACUCUGCACGUGGAAUUGUAGAGGAGUUCUCAUUUUCGGUCCAGCCUUUUCGAGCCAAUGGGACGAGUGCUGGGGUUUGGUGCUAAUAGGGGUCUGUGUUCUUUCCUCUCUCAUCAGAGAGGGAGGCAUUGUGUCCCCUGCCCCCCCUCUCCUCAGACCCUCACUGGAGAUUUAGGCAGAGGCCAAGCAUGACAUCAGCGAAGCAUGACAUCUCAGCUCUCCGCUUUAAGCCUGUGUGCGUGUGUUUGUGUGUGUGUGUCUGUGUGUCUGUGUGUCUGUCUGUCUUUCAGUCUUUCAGAUGAGUCUGUGUUGUGUUGUGUGUAUGACUGAGUGCUUGUGACUUUCUGUGUGUGUGUGUGUGUGUGUGUGUGUGUGUGUGUGUGUGUGAACACAUCUGUCAGGAGGAUGGCGAGGGCUACAGCUGGUUUUGCAGGGGGCUGGACACUGCAUGGUGCUUACCGCCAAUAGGGACCUUGGUGCUCGUUCGGUAGUGAGAAGCUCUCUAUACCUCAUGUUGUAGAGUCACUGGUCACUAGUCAUAGCAUGCUACAAACAUGCGGAUGCCUCAGUGCGAAUGCUUGCUGCCUACAUACACGUUGUGAUCUUUUUUAUUAUUAUUAUUAUUUAUUAUAUAAUAAUAAUGAUUAUUCUUAUUGUGGUUGUUUUUUUCCAUUUUGUUUUUAAUGUUUCAUUUUAACUAAGACGAAUUGUACAUAGAGAAGAAAAGAUUUUAUAAAAGCACUUUUAAUCCUGAUUUUAAUUGAGAAAAAAAAAGCGGAUUAUGGAUAACUUGAAACAUAGUUUUUGUUUUAAUGGAAGUUUAUUGGGAGAGAUAGAAAUGUAAAUAUUUAAAUAUUUAGGUAAGAUUAUUUAACUGGUGAGGUGUCAUGACUACACCAUGAAUGAUUCCGGGAUUUCUAGUCAACAAUUGUCAGUACGUCAAGCCCUUCAAACAACAGUAAAAGACAACCUGAUGUGUUUGGUUUGUAACAUGUAUACCUUAUACUGCUGUCCUGCUCUUCAUAUGUACUGUACUACACCAAUACCUCUAACACAAACCGCGCCCUCUUCCUCAACAACCCUCUUUAUGAACCAGGUAACAAAACUCCCGUUUAAAAAAAACUCCAGACUGUUUUAGGAUGAUAGUGAAUAAUGAAAAAUAAAUGUACACAUAGUGAAGAACUGCUCAUUCUUUUUAUAUUUAAGGAAAAAAAAACAAUUCACAGCGGUUAUGUUGGAUUCAUGAACCAUAAAUUGUAUGAACAGAAGAACAGUCCUUCCCCAGAAGUCGAUAUGGCUGUGCGGUCAUGUGUUUUUAUUGCCCGACACAUUCUCAGAUCAAUCUCCCCGUCCCAUCGCAGCACUUUCUCUUCAUGACUGGUUUCCUUAAUGGACACACUCACACACUCACUCUCCACCGGAUUUUUAAACCAUGAAACCUUUUUUAGAGUUUGAUGUAAACAUUAACAGCAACAGUACAACAACGGACAUUUUGUUAGCAUCAGAUAUUUUGAGCGCUGUUUAGACUUAUUUGUGCAUGAGUAUCCCCUCUUUUUUGGCCUUUUUUUGGGUAGUGAACACCCAUUUUUGACUUUCCUCUCCAUGAAAGGUGGAGAUGGAAGAAAGGAUGAGAAAGAACACAUGGGAUCAUGCAACAGAAAGGUCUCUCCUAAUAAAACAGUUGUGUGGAGGCCCACUAUAUAUGGUGCUAACGCUGGAGUUCACUGUGGAAUAAUGGGAAAGAACUUAGAACAAUUUGUGUUUUUCGUAAGUUUGUUUUUGAGCUCUUAAAAUGAAAGGUGAACAAUUGUUUGCAUUUCUAAGUGUGCUGUAGGAAUUGUCUAUGGUGCUGAUCUUAUUUCUAAGUAAAAUGAAUGGAAACGUGUCACAUGUGAAUCAAAAACACUCAUCACUAUGAAAAGCACUCUUUCCAAGAUACUGUCUGUCCACAAUUACUAAAUAUGGUACUUGAAGAAGACUUUGAAUGCCUGAUCAUUUUACAGACCCGUAUACUAUUGAAGAAAACAAACUGUUAGAUAAAAGAAAAAUCUUGUCAAUUAGAUACAGAACAGAAUUGGACAUGAAAAAAAAAAACUUUUUAGAGUAUUACCCAUAACUGUUUAUUUUUUAUGUAUCCACCCGCACUCACACAUACACCGUCACAUUUUCUCCUAAAUUAUGUAGUGUGCCCCCUCCCUCUCAAUUCUUAGAGGAAUCAUGGUCAGAGCUAUGAUCAUAACCUAUAAUACACAAAUAUACAUAAGAAAACUGGCAGCUACAUUCCUUUAUGGGUUAAAGAUUGUUCUUGAUUCUGUUUUUUAUUUAAUGCCAAGUAUGCAGUAUGUAUAAAAGUGUUUUCUCUUUUGUUCGGUCUCUCUCAUUGUAGCUGUGUGGUGUAUUAAGUGAAUAUAUAGUGUAUGUGGUUAAACCCACAAUAUUGUUUUAUGUUCUGCGAUAAUGAGUAAAAAAAAGAAUAAAAAUGAAAAUUUAAAAAGAAA